AUGACCCUGCCAGUCAACGAGAAGUUGGAGAGAGCCGAUUUGCAAGUCUCUCCCUGCCCCGACCCCCAAGCCUUCUCCAUAUCGCUCUCGCGCAUGCAAUCAGGAACCCCCCGUGACGGCCCCUUCGCCCGCGUCGCAAGGUCCUUCGUCAACCUAACACCACCCACCCCCCCAAGGCCCGACACACGCCUCCAUGUCUCGCAAGCGAUUGUGAUGCAUGCUAUCCGCGCAUCCUCGAUUGGGCAGAUCCUACGUCGUCCUCGCCGUCUGCAAGCACUUCCCGUCAUAGCGAUAUGGCGAGCCACGUCUCCGCGACCGCCGCCGACACCGCACCUCGGCCUCACCCACAAGAGGCAGUUCCAAGCUGAGGCGCUGUAUCUGCCGCCGCUAGUCUUCACCGGCCUUCUGGUCGCCCUCUGGACGCAGAAAUGCAUCGCAAUGGUCAUCUUCCAGAACAAGAUCAUCUACAUGCCCGGCCUGCCGCCGAACGCGCGCAGGGAGCGCAUCGAGGACUACGCGAAGCAGUGCUGGGGUGUGCAGUGGGAAGAGAAAAGGGUACAGGCCGCUGAUGGGACGGAUCUGGCCCUCUGCGUGGCCUCGGCGACAUCGACUGGCGACAAGAAGACCACGUCGCACGCCGACACUAUAUCGGUGCCGUCGAUCUACAUCCUCUACUUUCAGGGUCCGCCCCAUUCCCCCGCCCUCGCAGGCGCAUAG